UGGGGUGCCGGAAUCGAGCUAGCUGCAGUGUCGCCGGGCUGGCGGGCGUCCGCCGCUAGGAAGGGGUCGGUUCCGCACGCACGGAAUACGUACACACACACACACACAUAUAUAUUGCAUAUCUAUAGAUGUAUAUAUAGGGGGCCUGGGCGACGACGACGCUGCAGAGCACCUCCGGACAGCGGUCCCCGCGGAGCGCCCAGGUUCGGGCAUGGCCGCGGGACCAUGACGGGCGCGGCAGCGGGCGGCGGCGGCCCCGGGAGCACCCGCCGUGCGGCGGCCGGCAAGGCGGGAGGCCGGUCGCGGAGCGCCCGGCGGCGGGCGGCGGCGGCGGGAGCGGCGGCGGCUCGGAGGAGGAGGAGCAGCGGGAUGGCGGGUCGCUGUUCCUGGUGAACAAGAGCGGCUUCCCCAUGGACGGGCAGACCUGGGAGCGGAUGUGGGGGCACGUGGAGCGGGUGCAUCCCGACGGCGGUGCCGUGGCGGCGGCCAUCCGGAGUGCAGCGCGCCUGGCCCGGCCCUCAGUGCCUCCAGUGCCGAACUACAAGCUCUCCAUGUCAAUCCCAGAAUGGCUCCAAGCAAUACAGAACUACAUGAAGAUGCUGCAAUACAAUCAUACAGGAACACAGUUCUUUGAGAUUAGAAAAUCCAGGCCUCUAAGUGGGUUAAUGGAGACAGCAAAAGAAAUGACCAGAGAGUCCUUACCUAUCAAAUGCCUUGAAGCAGUUAUCCUGGGGAUCUACUUGACGAACGGGCAGCCCUCCGUGGAGCGAUUCCCCAUCAGCUUUAAAACCCACUUCUCAGGGAACUACUUCCAUCACGUGGUGCUCGGGAUUUACUGCAACGGCCGCUAUGGCUCGCUGGGCAUGAGCAGGAGGUCGGACCUGAUGGACAAGCCUCUGACUUACCGCACGCUGAGCGACCUCAUCUUUGACUUUGAAGACUCCUAUAAGAAGUACCUGCAUUCGGUCAAGAAGGUGAAAAUCGGCUUGUACGUCCCGCACGAGCCGCACAGCUUCCAGCCCAUCGAGUGGAAGCAGCUGGUCCUCAAUGUGUCCAAAAUGAUGCGCACGGAGGUCAGGAAGGAGCUGGAGAAGUUUGCCAGGGAUAUGAGGAUGAAGAUUCUGAAACCCUCAAGUGCCCAUUCUCCAAUGAAAGAGAGGUCCCGGGGUAAGUCGCUGUCCCCUCGCCGCCGGCAAGCCAGCCCCCAGCGACGAGCGGGCAGGAGAGACAAGUCGCCUGCUGUGGUGGACAAGAAAGGAGACCUGGCUACGCUGAAUGAGGUCGGAUACCAGCUCCGCAUCUAGCAAAGCCAUAAGCCGGACAGAGGGCUUCCCUGGUGCUUCCCACUGCACUUUACCUGCACUCCCUUGGAAGGAAGAAAAGGAAUGGGGCUAUUUAUUAACUUGUGGACUCUCAGAAUGAAA